CGGCGCCCUCCACGGAGCCCGACCUCCCCUGUCCCCGCAGACCCGGCCAUGCAGCGCGAGGUGCAGCGGGUUCGCGCGGCCUUCGGCUCCGGCCGCUCGCGCGCGCUGGCGUUCCGGCGGCGGCAGCUGGAGGCCCUGCGCGCGAUGGUGCAGGAGCGCGAACGGGACAUCCUGGCGGCCCUCGCCGCGGACCUGAGCAGGAGUGAGUUGAACGGAUACAGUCAAGAAGUCAUCACCGUGCUGAUGGAAAUCGAUCUCGUGCUGGAGAGGCUUCCUGAAUGGGCUGCUGCUAAACCAGCUCAGAAGAAUCUGCUCACCAUGCUGGACGAGGCCUACAUCCAGCCAGAGCCCCUGGGCGUCGUGCUGAUUAUUGGAGCUUGGAACUACCCGUUUCUCCUCAUCAUCCAGCCUCUGAUUGGAGCCAUCGCUGCAGGAAAUGCUGCAAUUGUCAAGCCUUCUGAAGUGAGUGAAAAUACAGCCAAGGUCUUGACUAAGCUGCUCCCUCAGUACUUAGACCAGGACCUGUAUGCUGUUGUGAAUGGUGGUGUCGAGGAAACCACGGAGCUUCUGAAGCAGCGAUUUGACCACAUUCUCUACACGGGAAACGCCGCCGUGGGGAAGGUUGUCAUGGAAGCCGCUGCCAAGCACCUGACCCCUGUGACCCUUGAACUGGGAGGGAAGAGCCCGUGUUACGUCGACAGAGACUGUGACUUGGACGUUGCCUGCAGACGCAUCGCCUGGGGCAAGUACAUGAACUGCGGUCAGAUGUGCAUCGCCCCCGACUACGUGCUCUGCGAGCCGUCCCUCCAGGACGCGAUUGUGCAGAAGGUGAAGGAGGCCGUGAAGGAAUUUUAUGGAGAAAAUAUAAAAGAAUCCCCUGACUAUGAAAGGAUCAUCAAUCUUCGUCAUUUUAAGAGGCUACGAGGUUUGCUUGAAGGACAGAAGAUAGCUUUUGGUGGAGAAAUGGAUGAGGCUACACGGUACAUAGCCCCGACAAUACUCACUGAUGUGGAUCCUGAAACCAAGGUGAUGCAAGAAGAAAUUUUUGGACCAAUUCUCCCAAUCGUGCCCGUGCAGAGUGCAGAGGCAGCCACCCGGUUCAUAAAUGAGCGCGAGAAGCCCCUGACUCUCUACGUGUUUUCCCGUAACAGUAAGCUCAUCAAGCAGAUGAUCGACGGCACGUCCAGCGGGGGCGUCGUGGGCAACGACGUCAUCAUGCACUUCACGCUCAGCUCCCUGCCCUUCGGCGGCGUGGGGUCCAGUGGGAUGGGGGCGUAUCACGGAAAAUACAGUUUUGAUACUUUUUCUCAUCAACGUCCCUGUCUGUUAAAAAGCCUGAGGGGAGAAAGUGUCAACAAACUCCGAUAUCCUCCCAACAGCCAGUCGAAGGUGGACUGGGCAAAGCUUCUCGUCCUGAAACGGUUCAGCAGGGGAAAGCUCAGCCUGCUGCUGCUCGCCCUCCUGGGCGUCGUGGUGGCCGUGCUCAUCAAGAAAUACCAGGCUGUGCUGAGGAGAAAGGCCCUGGUGAUUUUUCUGGGGAUUCACAGACUGCUGUCCCGUGAGCAGCGCACAGAGCCGAGCUCUGUCUGUUGAGAGCAGGCCUGCUACCACUGAAGAAUGACCCCGUGCAGCCACCGCCUCCUCUCUACUCAGUUAUCCUUCUACUCAAGAGUUAAUGAACCAGUAACUUUUAAAACCUACCAAAAAUUGUAAGAAAAUAUGCAAAUGCACCAUCAUCGAAACUAAAAGUCAUUGCCACUCGCCACUAAUAAAACUCGUGUUUCAGCCAAAGCCCAGUACUCCCCACCCAGUACUGAGGACACUCAGGGAACCCUCCUGCCUUGAGCUCUGGGCCAGGGGAGGGGAGAGCACGCGGGGUGAACCCAAGUUCCCAGAACCUGCUCAGUGACUCCUCCACUCCCUGCUCCAGGGACGCAGAACACCCUGCCCCCACCCCCUCGGGCAUCCCCCCGUGACACCUUCCAGGGCCUGGCCCCACCCAGGUUUCCAGGUCGCAGUCCAGAGAAGGGAGGCGAGGUCUCCCAGCCACCCCUCCAGGGCUCGAGGCACCAGAACGGGCAUGGGGGGUCCCUGCCCCUCACCCGUUGGGACUUGAAGACCUGACCUCCGGGAGCCGGCCCUCCUUUCUCAUCCACUCUCCAUCCUGUCUUGCGCUUGGUUCGUGACAGUCCGUUGUGGCCGUCCACACGUGGCUUUGUGACUGAUCACUCAGAGCACCUUGUAAAUCCUAGGGCUUCCUGGAAGACGGUCGCCAAUUUCAUGCAAGUAUCAUUUGUCAUUGGUAGGGUGUAGGAGUUAGUUCUGUGUCUUACAAAACCCAAGCGGCAUUUUUUUGCUGCUGUCAUGAAAGUGCUCGUAACUACUUACCCUCAGGUAGGAACUUCAGGUUGCAAGUUAGUGGCUCUUCAAGGAUGAAUCUUUAGUGUUUGUAAUUACUCCUGUAGCACAGGCAAGUAAAUGUCUCUCUUAUAAACUUGAGAGAGAGGCCUUUCUGAAUGGAUUUGGUCCAUAGAACUUAACGUGGGGACCACUUCCUGUCCUGGACAGGAGGCCUUGGUGUUCAGGACUGUGCAGCCUGAGAGCCUCGGGGGCUGGCGAGGGGUCACCUGGAGGACGACGCUCUGAAGCACAGAGGCUGGUCCACAGAAGAGGCAGAAGACACAGGGAGGGGACUCCCGAGCACGGCCGGGGGCGGGGGCUCCCAGCUGCGGGGGGCCCCCACAUCUGGGAAGACUCUCUAGAACACAGGCUCCUCCGUUGAAUGGGUCUGCUCCUUUAGGCUGUCUGCAAUGCGUUACGUCCUCAUCACAGGGUGAGGGGUUGAGGCUAGGUUAGGAGACAGCUGCUUAAACCAUGGCUUUAAUUAUCAGUCAUAAAAUAUCUCAAUUUCAGUAUGGAGUUUUCAUUUGCUAUAUUGUACAUUAUACUUUCUAAUUAAAAUUGGCUUGCCUACUAGUAUAUUCUGCUUCAAAAUAAAUACAUUAUAUUUGAUAAAAUUGCCAUGAAUUGUAAUAAUAGUCUUAGUUUUCAGAUAUGGCCUGUUGGAGACAAUUCUUUGAACAUGAGUUUUCUCCAACUAUAGAUCCACUUUUUGCCUUAUCAGAGGUGGUGGUGGUCAGCUUUCUUUGAUUCUUUCUCAUUUUAAAUUCUCAGCCAAAAA